AUCGAGAUUGGAAAACAUAAAAUAUAAAUUCUAAUAUCGCAAUGAAAUUUCAAAAAAAAAAAUCGUAAACAUGUCAUUAAAAUUUACUUUUUUUACAAUCGGAAAAUAAAAGAAAAUUCAACCUUAUCGCGGUGUCAUGGAUUAAAAAUAUUAUUUCAAUGUUUCUCUGAAAGGGAUAUUGGAAGCAGAAGAAUGUCAGGAAUAUGUAUGUAUGUGUGUAUUUGUGUGCAGUAUAUAUGUAGUAUGAUUAUAUGGUAUAUAUAGUAUAUACCGUAUAUACUAUAGCUAGUAUGUAUUGUAUAUUGUAUUAUUCGCGUACAUAUAUAUAAUUGUAUAUAGAUGGAAUUCUCACUGAACUCCUAAAAAAAAAAAAAAAAAAAUAGGUUCCGUAAAAAUUAAGUGACUUAACCAACAAAAGGAUGCAGCGUAGAAGGAAUUUUAAGAAAACAAAAAUAUUCUGAUGGCAAUUUUUAAUAUAUUGACAAGGCAAAAGGCUGAGGUAAUAGAUUAUUGAAAAGAAACAAACGAGAAAAAAAAAAAAAAAAAAAAAAAAUGAAGAUGCCAACGAAGAACGUAACACAGUGGACAUCGGAAGAUGUAUCAAUAUGGUUGGAAGAAAUUGGACAAGGAAGAUUUUCUCAUCUUUUUCGUGUGGUACAUGAUAUCGAUGGAAAAGCACUUCUCACAUUAAAGGAAGAAGAUUUAAAAUCAUCGGCAAUGAAUAUCAAAAAAAUUGGCGACAUAAAGAGGCUAUAUAUCAGUAUCAAACAAUUACAAAGAGACAAUAUUGCCCUUCUCUUUGAAUUGGGUCACAUAGACUUAUUUUCAACGACUAAUUUUUAUUCCCAACAAAGACAAGAGAUUCCUAGUACGGGUGGAACAAAUAAUGAGGGUUCGGUGGAACAUGAAUUUUACUCAGCUUCUGUUUCCGAAGACGGACACGCUUCUCAUCUACCUCCGGAAAUAUGGAAGGCGUUUAUUAGUUUAGGAUAUUUAUUUAUCGUUACUUGGAUUACUGCCUUUGUGAUGGUGAUUGUUCAUGAUCGUGUGCCUGACAUGAAGAAGUAUCCCCCUUUACCUGAUAUCUUCUUGGAUAAUGUACCGCAUAUUCCAUGGGCUUUUGAUAUGUGCGAAGUAACUGGAACGGUACUUUUUGCCAUUUGGUUGAUUGUUCUCAUUUUUCACAAAUAUAGGUUUAUUUUAUUGCGAAGGUUUUUCGCUCUUUCUGGCACAGUCUUCCUAUUGAGAUGUGUUACAAUGCUUAUCACUUCUUUGUCAGUACCAGGUGCUCAUUUGCAGUGUCAUCCAAGAAACACUCACGAAGAAUGGAAUUGGACUGCAUACGGUGAACUUUAUAAUAAAAUAGCAAUGGCUUAUGAAAUUUGGAGAGGUGCUGGUAUGUCGAUUCAAGGAGUAAGAACAUGCGGCGAUUAUAUGUUCAGCGGACACACUGUGGCAUUAACUAUGUUAAACUUUUUUAUUACUGAAUAUACACCGAGAAAAUUAUAUUUUCUUCAUACUUUCACGUGGAUGCUCAAUAUGUUUGGUAUAUUUUUUAUUUUAGCCGCACACGAACAUUAUUCGAUUGAUGUGUUCGUUGCAUUUUAUAUAACAUCGCGAUUAUUCUUAUAUUAUCAUACAUUGGCAAAUAAUCAGGCAUUAAUGCAACGCGAUUCAAAUCGAACGAGAAUAUGGUUUCCGUUGUUCAGCUUUUUUGAAUCAUCAGUUGAUGGCAUUGUACCAAAUGAAUAUGAAAACCCGUCCGUGAUAAUUUUUAAUUUAAUAUGCACUCUCAGAGAAACAUGGAAUUAUUUUCGACUCAAUGUUUCGACACGAUGUCCACCAUUAAAAGUCAAUGGAAAUUUGAAAAGUCCAAAAAAAUCGAAUUAACUAAAAGCACAGACUUGCCUGAUUUUUCUUUCUCUCUCUCUUUCUCUCUGAAAAUAAAGACUUAUGGGUCAGUCCACUGACUUUUGUCAAAAAGUUGUUGCGACCAAAUUUUUAAAAAAACUAGUUUUAAUAUAUGUGAAACUCAAUGAUUCCCUGAGUUCAUUAAUCACAAUAUUAUGGUAAAUAUUUUAUUUCCUUUAAAAAUAUUAAUUAUCAAAUGUAAGAGGUUCACGAUGUGAUUUCGUAACUUUAAAUUUUAAAAUUUUUUUAAAAACGCUAUUAUUAAAAAAAUAUUAAAAAUUAGAUGUUGGAACUCUCACCAAAAACAUAAAUCACAUUAUUCUGCAACACAGGAACGAAAGAAUUAUUACAAAAAUUUAUUAUUUUUAGAUGAUAUAUGAUUUUAAAAAAAAAUUUUCUUGAAAGAAUUUCAAAAAUUUUUUUUUACUUAUAACUUUUUUGUCGGUACUCCGAAAAAUUUGAGGUUUUUGCACUUAGAUUUUUAAUAAUAUUCUUUAAUUUUCAUUAAGAUCUCACGAAGGUGUUUUGCUUCGUUUUGAAGAUAUUAAUUUUCAAAUUUUUUUAAAUAAUUUGAUUACAAUCACUUUUAGACGAAAGUCAGUCGAAUGACCCUUAUAGAAUCCUUUUUUUUUAAUUCAUAUUUUUUUAAAUACAAAUUUUUAGUGUGGCAUUAUAAAAAUCAGUGCAAUAAUUAGGAUACUCAAUAAAUGAGCAUUAUUUUCAUGAAAUUAUAAAGAUUGAAUUUUAAUAUAAAUUAAUAUCAUUUAAUUUAAUUUAUAUUAAGAUUCUCUUCUUUAAAAUUUCUUUUGUAAUGUUCAUUUUAAAGAUUUUUUUUUUUUAAAGAAUUGUGAUUAAGCAAUGAAACUAGUUUGCCAAAAUAAUGUCCAAUAUUAUGAAAGUUGGUCAUUAAUAAAGAAAUUGUGCUCGAAUUAAUUUUUCUACGCACUUAGGCAUAAAAAGACAAUUUUUUCAUAAUAAGGGAAAAGUAUUACGAAAAAAUAAUUAGAAAAGAGAUAUAUACAUACAUAUAUGUUUUGAAAUGGAUACUGAACUGACUACAAAAAUUAUAUUGUAUUUUAAUUAACUAAGUUUUUUUUAAAGAUCAGUUAUCAAGCUCAUCGCUAACAAAGAACUGGUUAAAAUGAUUAUUGUUUUUAUAUUUUAAAUAUGGGAGUGUAAGAAUGAUAGAUAAAAAAAAAUGCUGUUUCAUACAAUACUCGUUUUCUCGAGUGAAAAACAGUUUAUUACAAUAUUGUUGUUUGAAUUAUUAAAAAAAAAAAAAAAUAAAAAAAGUUGUUCACCUAGCGACAAUCUUUUGAGAGCAAGUUAAUAAUGAAAUAAUUUUAAAGAUUUCAAUGAAGAAAAAAGAUAAAAAAAAUUUUCUUAAAUGAACUUGUUUUUCAAAAACAAAUUUUUUAAAUAUAGAACAUUUUAAAAAUUUUAAAUAAGAAGUAAAAUAAUGAAAAAACUCUUGUAAAUAAUAAACUAAGCAAUUUUAAAAUAGUUUUGUUUUUAAGAAAAAAAAAAUUGUCUCUUGAAAAUAAUUAUCAUUUUUAUAUUUUCUAAAAAAAAAUUAUUUUCACAAAUAUUAUUAUUAUUAUUUUUAUUAGACCACUAUUAUUAUUUAAAUAAAAGAUCAUUUCACUAAAAUAAUUUCUCCUUGUUAAUCUCUUUAAUUUACAGAAUUAACAUUUGACAAAGAUUGUGAUAGGAGAACUAUCUUUAAUUAAUUAAGACAAGGACCAUUUGAAAAAUCGCACGAAUAACAACAGUUUUACAAAUGGUUUUCUUUUAAGCUUUAUGGUUGUCUUGUCAUUAAAUAUAGUGAUUCAUCAAAUUGUAUAUUAAUAGACAAUUAUAUUCCAUUUGAAUUUCGUGAAAUGUUAAUGAAAAAAAAAAAAAAUACGAAUUUUACAUUUCGUUUCUAUUGUUUAUUAUGUGUGAAUAUAUAUAUUGUAUACAGAGAUAGAAAUAACUAGGACGAAAAAUAAUUUCAUCUACAAAUAUCUAUAUUGUAUUUUAUACACUAUUGUACAUACAUUAUAUAUAAAUAUUAUAUAUUUUAUA